AUGGUUGAUCCUAUGAACGUUUCUGGGCUCGCCCUAAGUGCCCUCACCCUACCAGCCCAGGUAUUCAGCAGUGGUGUCGUUGCUUACACCACAAUAUCGCAAGUCAAAGGAAUGGGCAGUUCAUUCAACAGGCACUACUGUCAUUUCAAAGUCGAGGAAAGUCGCUACAUAUACUGGGGAAUGUGUCAUAGAGCAUGUACUCCUGCCGGGUUCCUUCCGAACCAAAUGCCUCGUAUGAUUUACGAUACAUUAGUUCAAACUCUUGUCUUGAUCAAUGAUAUCCUUACAGACAGAGACAAACUUUGGAGCAAAUAUGGUCUGGAACAAGUUGGAAUGGGAGACGAGGCGGAACCAUCAGUGAUCAAGCGGGAAUCAAUGAGACAGCAGAAUGAGAUUACAAGGCUUCAAAAAGCCAGCAAACUUGUUCGAAAAAUCAAGUGGGCUGUGAAGGACGAGGCAAAAUUUGGGUUGAUGAUUUCAGAAAUGUCCAGUCUGAUUAGGACGUUGUAUGAAAUACUCCCGGUACCUGGAGGUGUACGGGUUGAGGACACGAUAUCAGCGCAUGCACUUUCGAACAUUCUCCUCGACGGUGCUGUUCAACAAGCUCAACAAGGCUUGCAACAAAUGCCAGCGAUAUCGAUGGAGCGGCAGAUGAUGACAGCACACAAUACCGCAAAUGUACGUGCGACGGUUGAAUCUUCUGACGGCAUGCCUCCGCCAACUUCUUACAGAGCACCAGCAUCUCGACUACUUCUCGAUAUCAAUCAGUUGACCAUUGCGGCUCAAGAUAACAUUCCAAGAUCUGCAAUAUCAGUGCCUGGGCUCCGAUCUUUAGCACGACCUCGCCAGGCGAAUGCAUUCUCAGGAAAUGAUUUGUUGGUGGAGUGGUUACGUUAUGAUUUGCAGCGGGAUAGGUCAUUUGGAAUGAACGUCAAAGCUGCCCUCAACAUCCGUGUUGAGGCUUUAGCGACGAUGCUAGAAGCAAAGCCAAGAUCGGACUCCUUCCGUCGUUUCGCCUUCCAGGUCAUUGUAGCCAGUCCGACAGUCUAG